UCGAGUGGGUUCACCGCAUCAGCCACCACUCGAGCUUCUGAGCACGGGGGUGCUCUCCUCUUGAGCUCAGCUUCUGCUUUUGCAGCCAAGCACCCUUACUGCUGCUGCUGCUGCUGCCUGCCUACCUGCCCACCCGCCCCGGCUUGCAGCCUGCCACUUUACUUUCUCCAGCCCUGCUGCCAGCUGAGGAGUCUCCCUGCAGCUGCUGGCUUCUGCCUAGGGCCAUGUGUGGAUGCUGCCCUGGGAAGGAGGCACUUGCUCCUGGCACUGAUCCCAGCUGAGUUUCUCCUGUUGAUUGCAGGACCACAGAUGCUGCCGCUGAGGAGGUAUCCGUUGGCUUCCCUCCCUCUGCUACCCGCCAGCUAAGGACCAGCCAGAAAGAGGGCAUCAGGAUGGGCCGCGCUGCGAGAAACCGACGCUAGCCAGCGAGGUGUGAAGAGUUGGCCAGAAUGACCAACUCUUCCACGUCCACCUCCUCCACCACCGGGGGAUCGCUGCUGCUGCUCUGCGAGGAAGAGGAGUCGUGGGCGGGCCGACGCAUCCCCGUGUCCCUCCUGUACUCGGGCCUGGCCAUCGGGGGCACGCUGGCCAACGGCAUGGUCAUCUAUCUCGUGUCGUCCUUCCGAAAGCUUCAGACGACCAGCAACGCCUUCAUCGUGAACGGUUGCGCCGCCGACCUCAGCGUCUGCGCCCUCUGGAUGCCGCAGGAGGCGGUGCUCGGGCUCCUGCCCGCGGGCUCCGCGGAGCCGCCCGGGGAUUGGGACGGCGCCGGGGGCAGCUACCGCCUGCUGCGGGGCGGGCUGCUGGGCCUCGGGCUCACCGUGUCCCUCUUGUCCCACUGCCUGGUGGCCCUGAACCGCUACCUGCUCAUCACCCGGGCGCCCGCCACCUACCAGGCGCUGUACCAGCGGCGCCACACGGCGGGCAUGCUGGCGCUGUCCUGGGCGCUAGCCCUGGGCCUCGUGCUGCUGCUCCCGCCCUGGGCGCCGCGUCCCGGCGCCGCGCCCCCGCGCGUCCACUACCCGGCGCUGCUGGCCGCCGGGGCGCUGCUGGCGCAGACGGCGCUGCUGCUGCAUUGCUACCUGGGCAUCGUGCGCCGCGUGCGCGUCAGCGUCAAGCGGGUCAGCGUCCUCAACUUCCACCUGCUGCACCAGCUGCCCGGCUGCGCCGCCGCCGCCGCCGCCUUCCCGGGCGCCCCGCACGCGCCGGGCCCGGGUGGCGCCCAGCUCCCGGCGCAGGCUCAGCCCCUGCCCGCGGCGUUGCACCCGCGGCGGGCGCAGCGGCGUCUCAGCGGCCUGUCGGUGCUGCUGCUCUGCUGCGUCUUCCUGCUGGCCACGCAGCCGCUGGUGUGGGUGAGCCUGGCUAGCGGCUUCUCGCUGCCCGUGCCCUGGGGCGUGCAGGCGGCCAGCUGGCUCCUGUGCUGCGCGCUGUCCGCGCUCAACCCGCUGCUCUACACGUGGAGGAACGAAGAGUUCCGCCGCUCCGUGCGCUCGGUCCUGCCUGGCGUCGGCGACGCGGCGGCCGCUGCUGCCGCCGCCACGGCCGUGCCCGCGGUGUCCCAAGCUCAGCUGGGCACUCGCGCCGCCGGCCAGCACUGGUGACCCGGGCAGGGCGCGCGGGAAGCGGAGAUGCCCGCCUUCCAACGGCCUUGGUCACCACCGCCUCCUGCCCUUGGAAAGUAUCCCCAGCCUGAACGAAGACUCCGGCGGGCGAAGCUCAAUAAUAAAUCGGUGCGAAGAUUUCGCCUUCGACCCCAGUGGGAUACCUGAACCGAGGUUUCAGUGUACAUGUGGGCCGCGAAGUCAUUUUCGACGGCCACCUGAUUUUUACCCUUCGUUUCCGUGUUUUAGGGAAAUCCUACAGUCAGAACACCGGAAACUUCAGGAACUUGCACACUGACUUUUCGAAAGAACCGGUUACUUUCUUUUAACAGUUUUGGAAAAACAGCUCUGUUACCUUGAUCACCAUUCCCACCUUCAUCGUCUUAUGAUGUAUAUAAAGCGCCUUGAGUGUGCAUAAGCCAAAGGGAAUAAUAUUGAUGAAGGAAAUAGUAUUUAUAAAGCAUUUUAGAAAGUAACCUAUCUUUAAUGAUGCUCCUGUUACAAUUUAGUCUUUCUGUAUUGACCCGAAGAAUGAAGCCACAGAUAUGCAUACCAGUAAGUUGCCAUUAAGACCUCAGGCCCUUUGUAAAAGGGUUUUUAUAAAGUAAAAUCAUUCCCGGAUGAGACAGAAUCUUAGCCAGUAAGGAGAGAAACUCUCAGAUUUUUUAUUUUACAUUCCCCUUUGCACUUCUAAGACUGAAAAUUGACAUUAAGUGUUAAAGUGACAGGUUUCCAUUGUGUUGAUUGAUGGUCUGAGCCAGCUAUGGAAUGUUGAAAAAAAAAUAAGGGCGCUAUCUAUUUUAGGUACCAGUGUCAGGUUUUCUAUGGCAUGCACAUUUGUUGUUACCCUCAUUUUGUCAUCAAUUUACCUGCCUUGUGAGUGUGAUUGCAGCUGUGAAAUUUCUGUACUAUAAUGGUUGCUAAGGAGAAUAAGUCCUUCUGUUUUCUCCGUUAACAUUUAAAAUAUCUCAAUGCACAUGAUUUAAUUAAACAGGAAUAACACCAUGAUUGCAUAGCUAAUAUUAACCUCUAUUGCAUGCUCCUAGAUGCUAGAACUGACUGAGCAUGUGGUAUACUAAAGCAAUACUCAUUGGACAAGGACAUUGUACUUCUUCCAGACACCAGAAGCAGCAGCCAUCAAUUAUAUGAAAAGAGACAUAGAGACACCUCUGGCUACCAAGAAUUCUUGUCUUGACCCAGUUUAUGAGAAAACUCCCAGGUGGGACUUUAUCUUGCAAAUGAACCACUCUGCAAAGCCACCUGUGCUCUUUUAGGGUUUAGACAAGCCACACAUUAGAAAGUAACAAUUUUUUAAUGUAGUUCAUAUGUAUUACCAUGACACUUAACAUUGAUAUCGUAUAUGUUAAAGAAGGUAUAAUGAACUCAGUUAUAAAAAGGAACAGUUCAAGUGGGAAUCUGUUCUAAAAUGCAUAAUUUGAGGCUUGCCAUUUUCAUCUCUCUUAGUAAAUUUAUUUAGGGAUGUUCAAUAUUUGAAAUGCAAAACUGUGUGAAAUCACUAUAAAAUUAAAAUGAGAGAAAAGUAGUAAAAUAAUCAGUUACCAACAAUUCUGACUGCUGCUCACUACAUCCAGUCUGGGGCUGAACAGCCUCCACUGUGUAAUUCAGGAGCCAAAUUGUUGGCCUCCUGGACGUUUGUAAGCCAGCAGAUGGGAACACUUGUACAUUUGAAUAAUUAAAGGAGUGGCAGGAAGCUUUGACAUGUUUGCAGAAAAACAAAACAGAUGUGUUCAUCACCAGUAGUUAAGUCAUUUUAUUAAUCUAAUCCCUUUGUGCAUGCACUAUUUCUCUCUUACUAAGGUUUCAUCUGCUCCCAUUUUUCUUGAUUUAAAAAUUUAAUUAAAGUUCAGACAACUAUU